UGCGGGACACUGCGGUUGCCGAGUCAACAUGGCCGUGUCCCGCAUCCCGCUUUGGGCCACUCAGACAGAAAGAGCAGCCCAACGAGACACGAGAAAUUCCAGUCGCGGCCGACGUCAAUUUGCAGCCAGCAGCAUAACAAACCCUGCCCGCUGCAGUCCAGAGCUGCGGCCCUGCAGGAACUCUACCAUCGUCAAGAUCUUGCGUCGCAUCCUGCACCCGUGGUUGAGGCUCCGAUCCAUCACCCCGCCUCUUCACAUGCAGCUUUGCCCCAUCAUCGCUUUCUGAAUAUUCCCAGAUUCCCCCCACCAGCGGUGUGGAGAACCCUUUCCGUCUGCGGCACGCACGGGCAAACAUCGCUGCUGUUCUCUUCGCGCCAUCGCCUCGCCGAGAUAGCUCGUUCCAAACGCGUUGCCGUAACCUGGCGGUCUUGCAACAGCUCGCAGCAGCACCCAUCACGCGCCCACCCCGAUUCCCCACGGAUCCUUCCUCAACCGAUAGCGGGCAGCAAGCAAUACUCGGCCGUCUCCCCGCCACCCCCGCCGCCGUCCGCGAUGGCGAGCUUCAUUGGGAACCUGUUCCCGGCCGGGAAGCAAUCCGACCGCCCAGGCACUCCCACCCGUGGCAACUUCAUCACUCCCGCCAGUACGCCCCAGGGCAGCCCCAGCAAAAAGACUGUUCCACCGGGCGCCAACGAGCUGCCGAACGCUCUCGAGCACCUGAAGCUUGCCCCUCCCCCCACCUUCGAUAGUCCGCUGAAGCUCAACCGACCCCAGAGCGCCGUCGCCUCGGCCACUCCGUUGGCCCCCACGUGGAACAAUGCCCAAGCCCCUGACGACUCGAGCGUCUUCGUCGACGACAGCGUCCUCCACAAGUCGGGCGCCUCGCCCAGCAGCCACCUGAGGAAGCAAGGGCAGGAGAACACCCCGCCCCCCCUCGCCCCUCCACGCCAUGGGAACGGAGGUGACCAACACGGUCUGCAAAGUCAUGCUGCGCUCUCUCGGCAGGAGAUGUACGGAGAGAGGGAGAGGGAGCCUAGGCUUAGGCCCACAACGCCCGCCGCGGCCACCAGGCGCUUUAACACGUCGCGCGGUCUGACAGCCGAAGAGCUCGAGAUCUUGCAGAAGCCCAACGUGAAGAGGAUGGUCAACGUUACGCAGCUUUACUUCCUCGACUACUACUUUGACCUCCUCACAUAUGUUGGGUCCCGUCAGGGCCGGCUCAACGCUUUCCAAUCCGAAUUCCCCGCACCGCCUGAAACCGAUGUAGCCACGUACGAGACCAUGUGGCACAAGUACAAGGGCCGCGAACGGGCGAACCUGCGGAAGCGACGCGUCCGGCUCCGACAGGGCGACUUCCAAAUCUUGACCCAGGUCGGCCAGGGCGGCUACGGCCAGGUGUUCCUGGCGCAGAAGAAGGACACGCGCGAGGUCUGCGCACUCAAGGUGAUGAGCAAGAAGCUGCUCUUCAAGCUUGACGAGGUGCGCCACGUCCUGACAGAACGCGACAUCUUGACCACGGCCAAGAGUGAUUGGCUAGUACGGCUGCUGUAUUCGUUCCAAGACGACAAGAACAUAUACCUGGCAAUGGAGUACGUUCCGGGCGGAGACUUCCGCACACUGCUCAACAACACAGGGGUCCUCUCCAACCGACACGCCCGUUUCUACAUCGCUGAGAUGUUCUGUUCGGUGGAUGCGCUCCACCAGCUAGGCUACAUUCACCGCGACCUGAAGCCCGAGAAUUUCCUGGUUGAUUCGACAGGGCACGUAAAGCUGACAGACUUUGGACUGGCAGCGGGCGUGCUAGCGCCGGCCAAGAUCGAGUCGAUGCGGCUCCGUCUGGAGAAGGCGUCAGAGACACCGGUACCGUUCGGAAAGCCGAUGGAGCAGCGGACACUCGCUGAGCGACGAGAGGGCUACCGGACGAUGCGUGAGAAGGACACCAACUACGCCAAGUCGAUCGUCGGGUCGCCCGACUACAUGGCGCCCGAGGUGCUGCGCGGCGAGGAAUACGACUUUACGGUGGACUACUGGAGCUUGGGGUGCAUGCUGUUCGAGGCGCUGACGGGCUUCCCGCCGUUUGCGGGCGCGACGGCCGAGGAGACGUGGCGCAAUCUCAAGCACUGGAAGGAGGUGCUGAAACGGCCGGUAUGGGAGGACCCGAACUACUUCCUGAGCAACCGGACGUGGACCUUCAUCACGACGUGCAUCAACUCGCGAUCACGGAGAUUCGCCAACAUCCGUGACAUUUACGCGCACCAGUACUUUGCAGAGGUGGACUGGGAGACUCUGCGAGACACCAAGGCGCCAUUCGUGCCGGAGCUGGACUCGGAGACGGACGCGGGAUACUUUGACGACUUUACCAACGAGGCCGACAUGGCCAAGUACAAGGAGGUGCACGAGAAGCAGCAGGCGCUCGAGACCAUGGCAGAGCGCGAUGACGAGAUGAGCAAGGGGCUCUUUGUCGGAUUCACAUUCCGUCACCGCAAGCCGCAGGGCGAGGACGGCGGCAGCCCGCGGAAGGCCCUGGCAGCGGACACGUUUGGUACGAUGCUGUAGGGACAGCAGGGCUGCCAAGACUACAGCGUCCUGUAUGGCGACGGAGGGGAGACGGCCAACCACGGCUCCUCCUCGGGGCAGCACGCCGGUGACAGCAGCAUUGUCAGCAAUGCCAGCAGCCGGGUGGACGCGUCGCUGUAUGAACAAUUCUACGAACGGCGGUGGCACGGAGCUCGCUUCUCCCGUGACUAACACAAGACCGAGAGGUCGACGUACCUGGGCCUAUUGAAGCGAUGAUUGGGCUGAGGGGUACCUGCGUGCGUUUGCAUGGGGCCAAAAAUAUCUUGGUCGUGUUUGGUUGGUCCUCGCGGACGAGAUGGGACGGCGGCUCCAGGAGUCUGGCUCGGCAUCCGGACUCUUGACGGAGUGGCGGUCUAUGUCGGAGCGGCUGCGACAACGGCCACCACUACGCGUCUUAUUUUCUUUACACACUUGCAUUGGGCAUCAUGCCAUCACUUUCCUUCUAUUCACACCCCCUCCCCUUAUCAUCAUAACGCAUUUUCCUUGUCAGCCGGUUAUGUACGAAGGAUGUCGAUGUGGUCUUCCUGCUAUGGAUUGUUUUGGCCCUUGGUUUAUUUUAUGUUUUGUCCAUGACGGAGUUUUGUGUGGGAGCAGGAACGGGUUGCAUCUGGUAUAAGAAACGUGGGUGCACAGACAGGGCCCUGAUUCUCGUCCUGUGUUGAGAUUAAUGUGGAACGGAAAAGGACGGUGUGGGUGAGUUGUUUAACAUUGAUAGAGCUGGCAGGUGGAAGGCAUCGAAUUCAUCUGAUGUGAGCCUUGGGUACCUUUUUUGUCGGUACGCCAGAUCGCUUUCUUACCGUGUUCGUUCCGUGUCGUGUGCGGCCAAGGCUUGGGAGGCGAAACGACGGCGAAGGACGGACAGGCGGCAGGCACCGAUAACACGGACAUGAUUCACUAUAAAAGACGGACAGCUGGCGGUUUGAGGGCGAGUGGAAGCAAACGCGUUGUUGCCCUGUCGAGCCUUGCCGUUGUUGGCCAAGAUCACGCAGCGCCAAGAAUGUCGGAGAAACCAGGCGUCGUCAUGCUGGAGCUGUCGAAGCCGUUUGUCGGGCACAUGAAGAUGGGUGUUGGCUAGCAUCGCAUCCCAGCAUCGGUGGUCGGCGGUUGGCAUUGUCCGAUGGGGGCUGGCACAACUUGGCUAGGUGGGGGA